AUGCGGCUCCUUCACAUCCUCGUCCUGCUGCUGGUGAUCGCGGUCCACCCAGUCCGGGCUCAGGCAGUUACGCCAGCAGUGCUACAGAAGGAUCGGAAAUGGCCCGGGGACAAUUUUGGAAGUUCAUCUGCAUUCGCCCAGGACGCCCUCCUCGUCGGGGUUGCCUUACACGAUGCGGCGCACAACCUCACUUACGUGGAGGCCCGGCAGCCCUACGACGGCUGCGAGGGCAACCAGCAAUUUGGGUGCAACACCGGCAAGGCGCUGCUGUACAGCAACAUCAACGGGGCCUGGCAGCACACGCACACGUUCGACAUCGCGGAGAAUCUCAAGGCCAUGAACCUUACGCGAGGCCACUUUGGGCAGAGCGUGACCGUCAGCGCCGACGGCACGACGGUGGCGGCCGGAGCGCCCUUGGUGCGCGCCAACGACAAUCGACGCUCAGCCCCUGGAUUGGUGGCCAUCUUCGAGAAGCAGGGUGCGACGUGGUCGCUGACCAAGCUUGGCAGCGCUGCCGACUUCGGCGACGCGCAGGCCCUCACCCCGGACCCUUUAAGGGGCAGCGACGGGUUCGGCCGGAGCGUCGCGCUGGACGCUGCGGGCGUGACGCUCGCCGUCGCGAGCCCGGCGACGACGGCGGGGGCGGUCGAGUUCGCUGGUGCCGUCUUCACCUACACCCGGAACGCGACGGGGUGGCACCCGCACGCGUUGAUGCCCGCGCCGCGGCCCCGCGAUAGCUCGGGCUUCUCGCUAGGCAUGUCGAUGUCGCGAGACGGCCGGGUGCUGGCGGCGGGCGAGCCAGGACUGUUUGAUUCGCCGUCAGGCGUGGGCGUCGUGUGGCUGUACGAGCGGGCUGCGGGCGGCGGGGACUGGGUGCGGGUGCACGAGCUGGCUUCGCCCAGCAGCGCGGAGGACUUCGGGCGGGCGGUGGGGCUCGCAGGUGACGGCAGCCUCCUCGCCGUGGGCGCCGAGCGUUCACGCGUGUCCGGAGUCGCCGGCGCGGGCAGCGCCUACCUGUACGACCUGGUACGUGGCCCGGGGGGGCAGCUCACGCCCAUUCUCGCGGCGUCGCUGUCGGCGGCGAGCCCGCAGCAGUUCGCCAAGUUCGGGUUGGGGCUCCAGGUCAACGGCGACGGGAGCCGCGUGGUGGUCGGGACGAAGGUGGACUUCGAGGUUGCGGUGUACGCGCGGCAUCCACGCGCGCGCUCUCUGUGGGGCGUCGCGACGGUGAUCGUGCAGCCCCAGAACAUCACGGAGGACAACCUGCGCGAAAAGAGCAACACGGAUUUCGGGAAAGUCCUCAGCAUGGACGCCUCCGCGUCGCGGGUCGCGGUCGGCGCCCCGACCAGCUUGGAUCGGAGCGAAAAGGGCGAAGAGCUCGUGCAGUCCGGGCUGCAGUUUGUGGCGGAGGUGGACCGGGCGGCGGCGCCGGUGGGGCCGCUGCGCUCGCCGCUCGACGGCGAGGUGGUGCUGCAGGGCAUCGGGGCCGCCGGCGUCGCGGCGGGCACGGCGCGCGUGGCCGCGGCGGGCGUGGUGCUGACGGCCACGUCGAGCAACGUGGCUGUCAACGCCGCGGUCGGCGCGGCGGGGGCGGCGCUCGCGGCCUCUUCCGGCGCGAUGGAAUUCCUCGCGGUCGGCGACGCUGCGUUCACGGCGGACGGCGUCGCGGGGGCGGGCAGGCUGGUCGUGCGCCGCGGGGCGUGGAACGGCGACGCGCCGGCCACGACCGUGCUCUCGGCGUCGGGCACGCAACAGGGCGGCGGGCUCGGGGCCGCGGUGUGGAUGGAGGCAGGUACCAGCGGUCCGGCGUGCGUGGCGGCAGGGGCGCCCGGCGAGAGCAGCGGCAGCGGACGGUUGCACGUGUACACAAGCUUCGUCUCUGGGGCGAGCAGUGAUGUGGGCGCCCGGAACAGCUACGUGCUCAACUCCCCCGCGAGCAUCAGCGGUGCCGCGAUGGGCACCUCGGUCGCGGGCGCGCCUGCGUGCGCGGCCCUCGCCGCGGGCGCGGUGGGCAACGCGAGCGCGUCAGGCGCCGUCAUCGUGUUCGAUUUCUCGAACGCGACGUCGUCGUUCGUCGCCUCGGCGCCGCUGACCUCGCCCGAGGCCGCGCCGGGCGACCUCUUUGGCGCGGUCAUCGCGUUCUCGGCGGACGGGCUGACGCUGUACGUCGGUGCGCCCGGGGCGGCGUCGGGCGAGGGCCGCGUGCUCGUGUUCGGGCGCACGCAGUCCAGCAGCGCCGGCCCUGGUGGAUUCGUGUCCGCGGGAAGCAUACUGGCGGCUGCGCCGCGCACACCCGGCGCGGCGUUCGGCGCGAGCGUCGCCGUGGCGGGGAGCGUGCUUGCUGCAGGGGCCCGCGGGCACGAGUGGCGGCCGUGCAGUGCGUCGCGGGUGCGCCAGACCGCCGCCGCCGCAGAUGAGGAGAGCACGCUUCCGCGGAGGCUGCCUGCUGGUCCCCGGCGGCGGCUCGGGUCGCGCCAUGAUGGGCGACGACGUUAA